CUUGCUCGCAUUUACAUAGGGGUAAAUGCACAUCACGAGACUCAAGAGCAACUGAACGUGCCUGUCUACUUGUGUUUUCUCUUAAUAGCCCCACCAUGCCUCGUGAAAUCAUCAACCUACAAGUAGGGCAAUGUGGAAACCAAGUAGGCAGCGAAUUCUGGCGCAAGCUUUGUCAAGAGCAUGGUAUAGCCAAGGACGGGCGCCUGGAGGACUUCGCAACGCUGGGUGGUGACCGGAAAGACGUCUUCUUCUACCAGGCGGACGACGAGCAAUACAUCCCUCGUGCCAUCCUGCUAGACCUAGAGCCACGAGUCAUCAAUGGCAUCCAGACCAGCGACCUGCGCAACCUGUUCAACCCGGAGAAUAUCUUUAUCUCCAAGGAGGGCGGCGGCGCGGGCAACAACUGGGCCAGCGGCUAUACGCAGGGCGAGGCGGUGCAGGAGACGUUGCUGGACAUGAUCGACCGCGAGGCGGAGUACUGCGACAGCCUGGAGGGCUUCAACAUGUGCCACUCCAUUGCGGGCGGCACCGGCUCCGGCAUGGGCUCCUACAUGCUGGAGCUCAUCAGCGACCGCUACAGCAAGAAGCUGAUCCAGACAUACAGUGUGUUCCCCAACCAGUCCGAAUCCAGUGACGUGGUGGUGCAGCCCUACAACUCGCUGCUGACGCUCAAGCGCCUGACGCUGCACGCGGACGCGGUGGUGGUGCUGGACAACACAGCGCUGGACAAGAUCGCGGUGGAGCGGCUGCACCUGCACAAGCCGGACGUGCAGCAGAUCAACAGCCUCAUCGCCACGGUAAUGGCGGCGUCCACAACCACGCUGCGGUACCCGGGCUACAUGAACAACGACCUGGUGGGCCUGGUGGCCUCGCUCAUCCCCACACCCCGCUGCCACUUCCUCAUGACCGGCUACACGCCGCUGACGGCGGAGAACGCGGCGGGGCAGGUGACGUCCAACAUCCGCAAGACCACGGUGCUGGACGUCAUGCGCCGCCUGCUGCAGCCCAAGAACAUCAUGGUGUCGACGCACACCAAGUCGCGCGACAUCGCCAACGCCAAGUACAUCUCCAUCCUGAACAUUAUCCAGGGCGAGGUGGACCCCAGCCAGGUGCACAAGAGCCUGCAGCGCAUCCGCGAGCGCAAGCAGGCCAACUUCAUCGAGUGGGGGCCAGCCAGCAUCCAGGUGGCUCUGUCCAAGAAGAGCCCCUACGUGCAGACGGCGCACCGCGUGAGCGGCCUCAUGUUGGCCAACCACACCUCCGUCCGCCACCUGUUCAACAAGGUGCUGCGCGACUACGAGAAGCUGAUGGGCCCCAAGCAGGAGCGCCAGGCGUUCAUGCAGGCGUACCGCGACGUGCCGCGCUUCGCGGACGCGGCGGGCGGCGGCACUGCGCUGCUGGAGGAGUUUGCAGACGCCAAGGAGGUGGUGCAGGACCUGGCCAACGAGUACGCCGCCUGCGAGAGCGCCGACUACAUCCAGCGGCAGAUGAUGGCGUCGUGAGCGGAUGGGAGCAGCUGUCGAGGGCGGGCACGGCUGCAGGUGGACAGGGCGUGCCUGGCGGUAGCACAUCUGGACAGAUCGUGUCUAGACGCUGACGCCAAUGCGAGGCGUGAGGUGUACUGAUUUUGUGUGAUUUGGACAGCAGCAUGUGCGGAGGACAGUGGCGGCAUCGGCCCAUAGAGCUCGAGGCUUGUGAGGGACCCAGCAGCGCUAUGUUCGCUUCCCCACAGGAGGGGUGCAGCAGUAGGGGUACGCAUGAAUGGGGUUUACACAGGCCGCGUGCGUGCUUGAUGCCAGAGCACUGCGGGUGCAAUUUACGAGGCAACGACGCGCAAGGCAUGUCCUUGCGCUGUCACAAACAUAUUCGCGCAACGGCCUCCUGUGCGCGACAUGCGUGCCGAAAUCAACUCGCAUGUUCGACUUCGGGGGCACCGUACGGCACCCCCGCGUCAUUGUAAAAUCCAGGGGCAAAAUUCCUGGCGACAUCACAGUUCACCUUCCUGCUCUCUGGCGGAUUCCACAUGGCACCCACGUCCUACCUGCACCUUCCACGACACCUGCUCCUAGCCUCCCAGUCCUACUCGUCCCAUGCCCCAUCGCACG